CAAAGGCGUGGUGUGAGGUCACAUCGUUCGUGAAUUCCCAAAUCUAUGUGAUUUCAUAUAUAUAUCAGACUUAAUGGGCACCAUGUAUCAGUUUGUGCUUAGACGAUCUAGCUCUAACAACGCAAAAUGGCAGUAACUAAAUUCACAUUGGUGGUGGUAAUCCUGGCCGUCCUGGUGUCUGUGGUCACCGCACAAUUCGGCUACGGAGGAUUUGGGGGUGCUCGGUUCGGAGGAGGCUACGGUGGUUUCGGCGGUUACGGUGCCUACCGUGCGGGCUACGGUGGCGCUUUAUACCGUGGUGGUUACGGUGGAUACGGAGGCUACGGAGGUGGCUUUGGGGCGAUCGGCGGAAUCCGCGGAUACGGAUACGGACGCUAAACAAUCGACAACAAAUGGACAAAACUGAGCAGCUAACUGGAUGUGGUACCGACUGUUAAGUAAUAAAUUAUUUAGUUUUACUGAAA